UGCAAAUUUUGCUAGCCGUGCUUUUCACUCAAGCAUUGUAAAAAUUAUGCUCGUUUUCUCAAAUUAUGCUAAAAAAAGUGCUAGCAGAAUCAAGAAAAGCCUAGCCAGAACACCAAAUUAGAAAUUAACGGAAUACCUUAUAACAGGGGUCUCCAAACUUUACAGCCAGAGGGCCACAUGAACUUUCAUCCAGCAUGUUGAGGGCCGAAGAAUAUAAAAAAUUUCCAUGUUAUCCUUCAGCUUUUUAAGUUUCGCAAUGUGCUUGAAACGGAAGUAGGAAGUUGGGAGAAAAAUUGACGUAAGCCACUCUUGCUAGUUGGCUUGCGACAUAACGUGAACUUUCUGCACAAAGUUUAUUUUGUUUAAUAAUAUUAUUAUUUUUUCUUAAGUGCCUCUGUGGGCCGGAUUGAGAGGCCCAACGGGCCGCAUCUGGCCCGCGGGCCGUAGUUUGGAGACCCCUGCCUUAUAACAACAUAUUGAAAAUUGGUACACUUCAGGAAGGGUCAGAUGAAGGAAACACCAUACUCUUACCCAUGUGCGGGCUCAGCACGUUUGGCAAGAGUCGAUUAGUUUUGACAGCCGACAGAAUUUCGUGGAGGAAUGAGAAAUCAGACAAUGAAAUCUUAUUGAAAGAUUUUACAAUUCAACCACAAUCUGCACAAACCAUUCAAAUUUUAAAUAAACACGAGUUACAUUUACGUCUUCAGUUGGCCAAUCUCAAAGAAUUUGUAAAUGAUGAAUAUGACUCCCAGCUAGAGUAUAUAUUAUCAUGUUCUGGUCAAGAUCAAAUGCUCAAGAUCCAUUGCAAACAAUGUCAGUACCCUAUUACUCAUCAAAACAGAGUAUUCUCACGUGUCUUGGAACUACCUUCAGAAAAUUGGCAAGAAUAUCUUGAUAACUGGUGUUGUCAUGGUAAUGAUGCAAUUUUUAAGCUCAAAGACUGCACAAACCCACGGGAGCAUGAUUGCUUUCUUGGUGACUGGUACAUUGUUCUUCAUCCUCUUGCUAUAAAUACAAACAACGUUUUUCUUUCAAUGAAAGAUAACAAUGGUGUUUCUUGUGGUAAAUGCAAAGCUAAACUUGGAGAGGUGACAACAACAGAGCAGCGAACAACACGAAGAUUAUCUCCGGAAUUAAUUAAAUAUGUCAGUGUUAAACUAUUCAAACAUUCUAUAUCUCUUUACGCGACUGUUUCUCCCAUCCUUCAAGAUAUUUUUACGGGGUUUGGCGAAGAAAAAUAUCUAGCCCGAAAGUUUAAAAGUUUAUCGAAAACCUGCCUAUGUCACAAGUUCAUCGUCAAUAAAAUUACGGCUGCAAAACAGACAAACGACUUAUCAAUUUUGCUGAUUUGGAUUCUUAAUAUCGAUACGAAAUUUGUGUCAUCUUUGCAUUCAACGCAGCAUAGUAGAAAAUAUGAAGAGUGGACUAUGAACGCAUUUAGUGGUGUAAAAGUUUUAUUUAAAUUGUUUCUUGACGAUGACUUUAUCAAGAAACAAAAUGAAUGGCAUAAGAAUGAUCGAUAUGAUGUUGUAGAUCUACCAGAAGUUAUCUCAUUGCGACUGAUAUCAUUUUUGCACAAAAACAACAAGAUACUCCCUCAGUCUUUGAGAAAUGUUAAUAAUUUUAAGUGUUUUUUACAGGUCAGUUUUCUGAAGCUUUGAUGGAUCAAUAAGGGCACGGCAGCGUUGUCAUGACAACAUGGCGUCACGGCGGUAAUAUAUGAUAUAAAAUCAAAUGAGCAGAGAUUUUUCUUAUAGAGAACAACAACAACAACAGCAAACGUUACUGAAGUAACCUUGGGUAUUUGAGCAUGCGCGUUGUCAUCCUACGUGUGCAAUGUGCAAUGUGCAAUGUGCAAUAGCUAUUAUCAAAACAAGAUCACAGAAUACUACUACUUCGCUGUGAUCAAACUAAGAUCCCUAUCAAUGAGUGAUUUUUUCUUCAACAUGUUCAUUUGAUUCCCAUGUGUCAUGUGAUUUCACAAUCUUGCAUAAAUUUGUAAAGUGUACUGUAUACAUUAUCGCAACAUUUUCUAGUGCUGGUUCUAUUGUUUUAUUCCGAUACCCAGCUUUGAUACCAAGAUUGAUUGAAAAUCUUGAGUUUCGAUACCAGUUUUUAUGCCAAAAACUCUUACAGCAUCAAAUAUUUCUUUAACUCACAUUUAUUUGUUCAUUUAUUGUUUACUCCUAAAAAAGGGCGUUUAACGAAUUUGCAUAUUCCUAAUUGCAUAUCUAAUGCAGGAACUUAAUACGUUGUGUAUGUAAAAUCAACGGGCCAUGUUUUUUACGUGAAACUGAGUUAAAGUCCUACUACUAUCGUUUUAGUUUUUACCAUUCUUUGAAUGAGAUCUUGAAUAAAAGUUUUUGAAUUUCAA